GCAGAAAUCAAAAGAAACUAAAUCAUGAAAAACAAAAGAGAGAUGAUGAAUAGCCUAAAACUUAAAAGACUUCUUAUUGCACCGGUCUAUCUCUCCCUCCUCCUCCAAUCUCUUGCAGUGCAAGGUAUAAUCAGAGUCGGUUUGACGAUGAACUAUUCUUCAUUCGACAUCAAUGGAGUGCGGUUGAGCAAUAUCAAUGAUAAUAUCUAUAUUGGAGAAAUAAAAGUUGGUACUCCAAGUCAGCGUUUCAAAGUGGUGUUUGAUACUGGAAGUAUCAAUCUUUGGGUACCAUCUACCAAGUCAAUGGGCAGCAAGCAUAACCUUUACGUUUCGAGCAAAUCAAGUUCUUAUAAACCAAUUGGAAGAAAUGUAACCCUCGAAUACGGGACAGGUUCUCUAAGAGGUAUUCUAAGCAGUGACACUAUCAAUGUUGGUGGCAUUACAAUAACAAAUCAGUGCUUCACAGAGGCUCUUGCUACCAGGACUGGUGAUGAUCCACUUCUGAAAGCUCCCUUUGAUGGUAUAUUGGGACUUGGGAACCCUCAAGAUUCUGCGACAAGAACUCUUUCUGUUUGGGAGUCAAUAAAAACGCAAGGCAGGGUUGAGAAAAAAAUAUUUUCCAUCUGGCUUGGGAGACCUUCUCUCUUUAAAGCCGAAGGGGAGAUAACGUUCGGAGGGAUAGACCGAUCACGUUUCAAGGGACAACAUAUCUAUGUAACCGCGACCGGGGAGAAAUACUUCUUCCAAAUGAACAACAUAUUAGUCGGCUCACAAGACACGAGUGUUUGCUCAAGAGGGUGCCAAGUUUUUGUUGACUCGGGGAAUUCAAACAUUCAUGGUCCAGCGGCUUUGAUCAAGGAAAUUAAUAGGAGAAUCGGAGCAGCACCAAAUUGCUCAAAUGUUAAGAGGCUGCCUGAUGUAACCUUUACAAUAGGUGGGAGUAGUUUCUCAGUCAGUAGUCGUGAUUAUAUUUAUCGGGUGACAAAAAAUAAGUGCACAAGUAGAUUCGUGGAGACAAAUGAUAUUUACUGGACACUUGGGAUGCCCUUCAUGCGUGCCGUUCAUACGGUGUAUGACUUUACUACUGAGCCAACGGUGAAGAUUGGCUUUGCUAAGUCGGCUUAGAUUCUCACUAAAACUAAGUGUUUAAUUAUGACUAUUUCUGAUACAUAUCGAUGAUAAUAUGAAGAAGAUCACUAAUUAAUGUAAUGGAACAAGAUCAGUAAUGUAAUGGACAUAAUAAAUCUCAUCGUCAAAGUACAUUGAUCUUUAAA